UUGGAAUUUUGGUCUGCUGUCCAUUUGAGUCACCGAUCAGCGAGCGACAAUUCGCAACUCUCCAUACACAAAAAGCGUCGUUCACUUAGUAUGUCCAGAUAAGAGCACAACAAACGUAGUAGCUGCUUGUGGAUAUAUCAAUUGGCCAUGCGGUUUUUAGUCCAAUUUGCCGCUGUUUUUUUUGUAUUAUGUGGAUGGUAUCUGGUGAAUCCUCCUUUUGUGGACGCAGCGUGCCAAGGUUGCCAAUCAUGUGUUCCGAAAUGUAUUGGAGAGAAGGGUGAAAGGGGAGAGAGAGGAAGGGCAGGAUUAACUGGCCCACCUGGUCUGCCGGGUUUUCAAGGACCAGAAGGUCUACCCGGUCCCAGAGGUAAUAAGGGGGACAAAGGUGAAGCAGGUCCAAAUGGUGAAAGAGGACCAAGAGGACGAGUUGGUCCGCCAGGUUUUCCAGGAGCAAAUGGAAAUCCAGGUAUACCUGGUGAAGAUGGUCCUCGUGGUAUGAUGGGGGACCCAGGCUGUAAUGGAACAAAGGGUGAGCGAGGUGUCCCAGGAAACCCAGGAAACCCAGGACCCAAAGGAAAUAAGGGCUUGCCUGGCAUUAUAGGAAUGAAAGGUAGCAAAGGUUCUUCAGCCACUGAUGUUGUUGGAACUAAGGGAGAUGAAGGACCUAAAGGAGAAACAGGAGAUGAUGGAGUGCGUGGCGAUCAGGGAGUACCAGGAGUUCAAGGACCACCAGGAAUAAAAGGAAACCAAGGACCAGCAGGGCCUAAUGGGACAAAGGGAGAAAAAGGAAAUCAGGGGAUUGCUAUUCAAGGACAAAAAGGAAAGAUGGGUGAAAAAGGCAUAAAGGGAGAGAAAGGAAAACCAAUGAAUAUCGGAGAACUUAAAGGAAACUUCACUGUAAUCACGAUAAAGGGGGGACAAGGAGAUAGAGGUGAACCGGGCCAAGCUGGAAGCAAGGGACAGAAAGGAGAAAAAGGACAAUCUAGCCCUGGGCCAGAGGGUAUCCAAGGACCUAAUGGACCAAAAGGAGAACCCGGUCAAAAGGGAAAUCAGGGGGAGACAGGCCAAAAAGGAGAUCCAGGAGAGAAUGGUCCAAUGGGACCCAAAGGUGAACAAGGAGAUGAUGGUCCACCAGGAGAUAGAGGAUUAGUAGGACUUCCAGGUUCUCCAGGAGAAGCGGGUCAGAAAGGAGACAAAGGAAGCCGAGGACCUGCGGGAGUAGGACCACCAGGUCCUGAUGGACCCAAGGGUGACAUAGGCCCUCCUGGUUUUCCAGGUAGGAGUGGGCCAAGAGGCAACAUUGGAAAUAUAGGUCCCACAGGCCCCCCAGGACCACCUGGACCACAAGGGCCACGGGGUGACGCUGGACCUCCAGGACCUCCAGGAAAAGUGGGAGAUCCUGGUGCUGCUGGAAUUAAGGGUUCAACUGGUGAGCCAGGACCUAAUGGCCUUCCAGGCCCAAAAGGGGAAAAAGGAGGCCGUGGAGUCACUGUCUUUGGACCACAAGGCAUGGAUGGAGCACCUGGACCAAGAGGAGAUAGGGGAGAAAAGGGAUCUCAAGGAUUUCCAGGCCCAGCAGGUGAUAGCAGUAAUGGUCCUCCAGGACCAAAAGGUGACCAAGGACCCCAAGGGUCUCCGGGGGAAGAUGGCCCAAAGGGGUCUCAAGGUCCCAAAGGUGAAGCUUGUCUUGGCUGUCCAGCCAGCCCCCAAGGUCCUCCAGGGGAAAAAGGUACUAUGGGCUCCCCAGGCCAACCUGGUGACUCAGGAAGAACUGGCAACCCUGGACCUCAAGGUGACCCAGGGAAUCCUGGACCACCAGGACGCAGUGGACGUGAUGGAGAGCCAGGUCAGCAGGGUGAUCGUGGUGAUCCUGGGGCUAUUGGACCCAAAGGCGAAAAGGGAGAGGUUAUCAGAGUGGUAGGGGGAAAAGGGGCAAAAGGAGAACCGGGCACUGAUGGUCCUCCUGGUGAUCAGGGUCCUCCAGGAGCAAAUGGGGAAUCAGGGCAACCAGGAGAACGAGGUCCCAGAGGAGAGCCUGGAAUUAAGGGUGAGAAAGGCUUAGACGGAAAGGAUGGAAAACAGGGCGAUACUGGUCUCAAGGGAGAGAAAGGGCUUAAAGGAGAACAAGGACAGACUGUAGUGGGUCCUAAGGGAAUAGAUGGUGUUAAAGGCGAAAAAGGCACUGCUGGAGAGAAAGGAAAUUUAGGUGCCAAGGGUGAAAAAGGUGAUUGUCUUAGCUUGGGACAAAUUAAGAACAUGACAAAAGGAGAGAAAGGUGAGAAAGGUUUCCCAGGCCCCGAAGGGCCAACAGGAGAUAACGGUCAGCCGGGUGCAGCAGGAGUUAGUGGUGAGAGUGGACCGCCAGGAGAACCAGGAAUGAAAGGAGAGAAAGGAGAUGGAAGUCCAGGGCCACAGGGACCUCCUGGUCCUCAAGGUGGAACCGGACCACCAGGUCCUAAAGGUGACACUGGAAUCCGAGGUGACAAAGGUUCCCCUGGCCCUGAAGGUCCUUCAGGUAGCGAUGGUGAUAAAGGCGAUAAGGGAGAUAUCGGGUCACCUGGUAACCCUGGGGUACCUGGUAAUCCAGGUAAAAAUGGAGCCCAAGGGGACCCCGGAGAAAAAGGCGAACGUGGCAGAGAUGGUCAGAGAGGUAAAUCUGGGGAAAAGGGUAGCAUCGGCCCAGCUGGCAAUCCAGGAGAUAUAGGGCAAACAGGACCUCGAGGAUUUCCAGGCGAUCCAGGAGCAAAGGGUGACGCUGUGGUCGGGCCACGUGGUCCUACUGGAAAGGAAGGGCCCAAAGGUCAGCCUGGACUAAAGGGUGAGCCGGGGCAACCAGGACGAGACGGAGACCCAGGUGACGACGGCCCCAGUGGAGACCGUGGAGAGAAAGGAACAGAAGGGGCUGCAGGUCCACAAGGUCCAGAGGGACCCCCAGGGCUGAAAGGAGAGGUUGGUGAGCCCGGAAAUAUUGGAGAGAAGGGAUUACCAGGAAUCCCAGGGGGCCGCGGUGAUAAGGGAGACAAGGGCAGUGUCGGAAAAUCAGGAGAACCAGGGCCCGAGGGUGUUGAAGGUGUCAAGGGUGAAGACGGCCCGCCGGGCAGACAGGGCUUCCCAGGAAGGAAGGGAGAACAGGGUAUGAAAGGGGAAGAAGGGCCACCUGGAAAGUCAAACGCAACAGUAAUACCUGGAGACAAAGGCGACAAGGGCGACCGCGGCCCUGCUGGGCCACCAGGAAGAAAUGGUGAUAAUGGUAUCGAUGGAGCAGCAGGAGAAAGGGGUAGCCCGGGUGAUCCGGGGCCUGAAGGUCCAGCUGGUGAACGUGGAACACCUGGUACACCCGGUACUCGAGGACUACCAGGUGACAGAGGACUGCCGGGGCCCCCAGGAGCUGAAGGGAAAGAAGGCCCUAAGGGCCAGACAGGAGCUGCAGGCCCACCUGGAGAGCAAGGACCACGAGGGUCCGCCGGAGACAAAGGCGCGCAAGGAAGUAAGGGUGAUGUUGGCCUGCCUGGAAUCGGUGUUAAAGGUGAGAUGGGAGACCGUGGUCCAGAGGGCGCUUCAGGAAAUCGUGGAGAAGAUGGAAAGAAAGGGCAACCAGGAGAGGAUGGACAACCAGGACCUCCAGGACCUCCUGGUCCCCCAGGAGAUCAAGGUGAUCGAGGGCCCAAGGGUGACCAGGGAACUACAGGAGAAACGACAGUCGUUCAGGGCCCCAAAGGAGAGAAAGGUCAACCAGGUCGAAAUGGUGUGGAUGGAACUGAUGGAACCAACGGUGAACAAGGACCUCCUGGGCAGCCUGGUGACCAAGGACCCCCGGGGCAGGAAGGUGCGCGAGGUGACCCUGGUCCGAUAGGUCCGGUUGGCCCCCCUGGUCCAGAUGGUUUGGAUGGAGGCGUAGGCGCUAAAGGAGAUAAGGGAGAAGAAGGAACAGCCGGGCAGCCUGGGGUUAAGGGUGAUGCAGGUAUUAAUGGGUCUGCAGGCCAACCAGGUGAAAAAGGAGCCCAGGGGCCACCAGGAGAGGCAGGAGCAGAUGGUCGGCCCGGGCUGAAAGGAGAACGAGGACCAUCAGAUUUCGGAUUUUAUGUGGUGCGGCAUAGUCAGACCGCACAGCUUCCUGAUUGCCCAAUCGAUACAGUAGCGCUGUGGGAAGGCUACAGUUUGCUCUACGUUCAGGGCAAUGAACGUGCCCACGGUCAAGAUCUUGGUCAGCCGGGUUCGUGUCUUCCUAAAUUCAGCACCAUGCCGUUCCUGUUUUGUAACCUGAACGAAAACUGUAACCUAGCCUCGAGAAAUGACUACACCUUCUGGCUGUCGACACCCGAACCUAUUCCCAUGAUGCCAGUGGUAGACAGUGAUAUCCGGCCGUUCAUUAGUCGCUGCCGUGUCUGUGAGGCGCCAGCUAUGGUCAUGGCCCUUCACAGCCAGAGCAUGGUCGAGCCAGAUUGUCCUGAGGGCUGGGAUAGGCUUUGGAUAGGCUAUAGCUUCUUAAUGCACACGAGCGCCGGAAACGAUGGAGCAGGCCAGCUUCUAUCAUCCCCAGGCUCUUGUCUGGAGGACUUCCGUACCAGUCCUUUCAUCGAAUGCCACGGCCGCGGGACAUGUCAUUACUAUGGUAGCACGUACAGUUUCUGGUUAACAACCGUCACGGACGAGGAGCAGUUCCGAACACCGAAAUCAAAAACGAUUAAAUCCGGAAACCAACGCGAACACGUCAGUCGCUGCACUGUCUGCAUGAAAAAAGUUUACAGUAAUAAUAAUGGCAACGGAAACGGAGGAGGAGUCGUGGAUCCCAUCGUGGACCCUGGUGACCUGCCAAAUUAACUCAGUUUGAACAAUAUUCAUAUAAUAAAGUCGAAUUUUUUUCUCUUCUUGUUUACGUUCAGCAACGUAACUUCGUUUUUCUGCGUUACUUUUGGAUUACGCUGCCGUUUAAAAUUCUUUGAAGGUAGGAAUGCGAUUCACCUCCAAGGUCAGUAGACCUGGUGUUGGCGUAUUUUUUUUUUUUUUUUUUUUUUUUUUUCAAGUCUACAACUUUAAUUUCACCAUUAUUAGAAUUAAUGUCGUCAAUGAGUUAUGCUGUUUUCUACGUUCUAUCAGGUUCGUGUUACUAUUCAAAAUCCGUUGACGAUCACUUUAAGGAUUAAAAGUAAACCACCUGCAUGUUUAACAGACGUGAUCUGCGUAGCUUAUUUUUCUUCACUCUAUGACGUUCAGGUCUGGAUUGUUGAUGAUUUUCGCUCUCAAAACAUAUAAUUUAUCCUUGGUGAAUCUCUUGAUUAAAUAUGUUUUGCUGGACACUUCAUUUUCAUCAAGGCCGUUCUCGCUCCUUUGGAUUUUUUUUGUUUUUGUUUUCAGAGAAUGACCAAGUUUUAAAGCAUGUCCUCUUGCGCUGUUUCAAAAAAUUGUUUUCCAUCCGAUAGCAUCAAACCUCUCAGACUUACUUGUAUUGAAAAUUUGCGUUUGCAAGGAGGUUUGCUUUUUAAUUGUUAUGCCCUAUGACUGAACUUAAAAGGAGCUUUUCCGCUCUGCUUUCUAAAACUGCUAGUUGACAGGUAGAAAGCAAAGUACUGGUCAGUAAGAAAAAGAAAAAAAAGAACGCUCCUAAAGAAGAGAGAAAAAAGCGCCCUCUCCGUAAUGAAAAUGGUGGUAUAAUCCGUUGGCUUCCAAUAAUUUUCUAGGUGGCUUUUAUUUCGGUAUGAUAGACUAUAGGCUGACUGGGAAUGACAUCAGAUUAAAAUAUGGAAAGUCAGCGACACAAGUGAAGUCGCGCGUGACGUUUUUCCUUGGUCCGCCUCGAUGGAUUAGUGGAGUCAUGCGUAACCGUUGAUCGCAGGUCCGCCUCGAUGGAUUUGUGGAGUCAUGCGUGACCAUUGUUCGCAGGUCCGCCUCGGUGGUCUGUCGUUUGUCAGAAAUUUCUGAAAACUUUGCACUGCCCUUGAAAAAUAGUGUUAAUGGCGAUUAAUUCAACUGAACACCGCCGGGAAAAAAAAAGUUAUCCAUCCGUCCAUGAAACAAAAAAUUUUCAAGAUGGACUCGAAUCAAGUUUGCGACGACCUUGAUUUGCGAAUUCGCGUCCUAAGAAAAAAAUUAAAUCGAUUGUAAAAUUAGAAAAAUUUGGACGAUAUUCCGCUCGACGGAAAAUUCUCAUGUAUGCGAUUAACAUAGUUAUGUUUAGUUUUCUAUUAUGCAAUUUUAUUAAUAUUUGUAUGCUUUCUGCAAGAGACCGUCUCACGAGAAUUAUUUGUCAGAGUUGUUCGUUUGGUAUAACUUUAUGGUAGAUGUCUAGCCACACUCUCUUCAUCUAGGAGCUAUGUAUAAAUAUAGAGCUUGUUUUGAAAUGUAAUGUCUUCCUAGUUAAUAUUGAUGACCAACCACAGAAAUUUGAUGAAUAGUGUUAGAUAGGUUUGUAGUGCGGUACACGAAGCAAACGGUUCUCUUAAGAAACGGUCUCUUGUGUUUUCUCUUUUAUAAAUACUCUUAUACUAUACUGGGUGGUUGGGUAUAAACUUUUUUCUCAAUUAAGACGAUAAGGGGAUUAGGAGUACAGAGUAUUAUUUUGUAAUUUCUGUUUUAGGAAAUGCUUUUUUUUGGCACAAGCAAUCGUAGGACGUCUGGUGUGUUUUAAUCCGACUUAAUGAUCACGGAAAAUCACUUUUUAGAGUUCUAUGAGUUCGCGCUGUAUUGACGCUUGCAAUCAGACAAUUUAAGGCCACUGUCAGCAUUUUAUCAGCCAAUGAUGAGCAAGAAGCGUCACAGUGAUAUAAAUCAUAGAAUAUUUAAAUUGCUUUUCGCAAGCUGACACGCCGUGGAGUUUCGUUGAUAUCUUGAUGGAAAUUUGAAAGUUUCUUCACCAUUUUGAUUGAGUAGAAGGGAAAUGUGUCUACACAGUGCUUGAUCAAACAACACGAUCAAAUUCAUUUAAGUAUAUAAUGACGUCGUAUGCGCGGCAAACAUUUCCAGUUAAAACAAAAUUUUGAUCCACUGAGUAAUAAUUUUUAAUGAUCUUUUGCCAAAUAAGUUUCCUAUUGUUGUUAUGUGCCAAAAUAUAGAAUGAAUUACACCAAAAUAUAAAAAAAAUUUUAAAAAGACUGAGGUGGUUCCAAAAUAGUGUCGCUUUUUUAAUUACAUUAUAAUAAAAGUCAAUCAUAGUAAAAGUGACCAUGUUUUUAUUAGCUUUUUUAGAUGAUAUGGAAUUGAUCUGUAGAGCGACUGUAACAAGACUAGAUUUUGUAAUUAAAGGUUUUUUAAUAGUUA